AGUAAAAUCCUGAAAUGGGCUAGCUAGGUGGAUACAGGGUGGAUACAACGUAAAUGUUACUAAGUACCUAUUAUUUAGAGGUAUUGCAUUGUUUAGUUGUGCAAUUGAAUAGGGUAAUUUUACUGUUUUGUAGUAUUUGCAAAUAUUGUCAAUUUACAGCGGUGAAUAUGGCCUAUCUGAAUUGGCUCGUAGUAGUAAAAUUAUAUUACAAUUGUUUUCAGUUAUAAAAUUGCUUUUAAUUUUUUAUUUGCUAGAUUUGCUAGAUUUUACUUAACACAGUGAAUUCGACAAAGCAUGUUUGUUUCUUAUAUCGAACAAAUUAAAAGAGCCCAUGACAGACGGAUGGCCAAAUAUACGUCCACCAGUACACCUACCUUGAAGGAUAUAUGCCUCAAAACCGUCAGUCACCACGUGGAUGUACUAGAAAAGAAAGCUCUUGACCUACCAGUAUCACUGAUCAAGGAGCUCUUGCCUCAUCUGAACAUUGUUGAUCUGGAUAGAAUUCAACCUGCAGUGAAUCUCAGAGGAAUCUCCACCUCAUUUGUUUGGGCAGGAAUAUUGAGAGAAAUCUCUGGGCCUCGCAAAGGGAUUACAAGACUAACUGAAGUUGAGUGGAGGGAGAAAAUCAUGAACAAGCUCUUUAACAUGGCUUUCUAUAGCCUCCGAUUCAGAGGGGAUGCAAAAUACCUCCUGAAUGUCAACUUUAACACCCUCCUCUUGGUCAUGGCCAAAUAUAUUCAGCAUCUGCUCGUGUUCCGGACAUCCCCCCCCUGUGGCUUCAUUGAACGGAGACCUGUUUUGAGCGUCCUGGAAACGACUGUAAGGAGCAUUCAGCUGGAGGUCAACAGUCGGCUCAGAGAGUUUCCCGGUGACGUCUUGUAUGCUCUGCACCGUUUACUGGACCACGGGGCAGCCCGUAGUGUCGUCAUCGCCCAUAGCCCGGACCCCUGUUUACUGGCUUGGAUUCUUCAUGGCAGAGGGCCUCAAAGUGCCAGCAACCAAUGCCCACUGCAGUCCAUUCAUGGAGAGAGAGAACCCGGUGGAGCUGCUGCUGAAACCACUGCCGCCUGCCUGCUCCUGGAGGACGCGGAGCCUGAAGGGACCCAACCCAAGCGUCCUAGGUUGAGUAUUGCCUCUGCAGAGGAAAAACUUGACCGGGCCAGUUGCCCGUGCCAGUGUAUGGACCCCAAACCACCGUGCCAGAUGUUUGUUCCCUCGGCUAGUCCCUCGAAGGAGAGUUGCCCCAAGGGACAGAUCCAUUCCCUGGCCAUAAACUGUUUCAGGGAUGGAAUCCUUCCUGUACUGCUUCCUCUACUGCCUUCUUGGCUGUGCCUCCGCUCUCUAAGCCUCCAUAGUGCAUGGACCUUUGAGGAGGGUGACGUGUUGAGCCUGGCAGAAUGUCUGCGGAGGCUGUCUGAGCAGGGGGGCUGUUCCCUCACUGAGCUGAGUGUGGGGUCCCUCCCCCAUCCUGCUCUGAUGGAAUCCCUGCUCAACGCUUGCCCCAGCCUCAGGUCGUUCUCCAUGGAGAUUCACCCUGUCGCAGAGUACCAGCACGCUCCGCUGAGAAGCGUCCGGCAGCAUACACACCAAACAGAACUCUCCCUGGAAAAGCUGUGCGUGAAAGCACCCAAUUUGAGGACGAGUGUGGAGAACCUGCAGGGUGUGCUGAAACGUUCUCCUCAUCUCACCUCACUUCACGUCUCAGGAAUCAACUGUUCUGCCAGCUGCUCUCCCAGCCACCUCAUCCAAACACUGGCUGAGUCUAAUCGUCAACUGAAAGAACUUACCUUGGAGGAUAUGAACCUGUCUGACUGUCACUGUGCAAUCUUCCAGCUACUGGAUCACAACUGUAUGUUGGAAGUGUUGUCAUUGAAGGACUGUCGCCUUCUGGAGAAAUGCAGUAAAAAGGAAGAUGCUGUCAGACAGCUGGUUAAUUCAAUUAAGAAAGUUUCCACGCUCCGGUCCCUCAACCUGGUUCAAAACCGCCUUGCCAAGAAUGUGAUAGUGUUGGGGGAACUGUUCAUGGGACCAUCACCAAGUACACUGAAAGAACUGGAUAUCAGCUCCAACUUUAUCAAGCCGUCAGAGCUGCUGGAGUUUGGAAGGCUGUUGGAGACUCAUCAUCCUCCCUGGAGACUACUCGUCACUCUGAAGAGCAACCCCCUGGACAGAGAAAUGGCACUGAAGGACACUGCACUGGGUACUCUCAGUCACGUCUGUGACCUCAUCACUGACCACUGGAACUCCAAGGACACCAUGGCCGAUCAUGUCAGCAUCAUGUGAACUAGGCCUUACGUCCUGUGAACAGGGCAGGGUGAAUAUUCCUCUAGAUGGCCUCUAUAUUCAGGCCAAUCUUUACUGCAAAUGCAGGAUUUUGCUAUUGGAGAACUUUGCCUUUCACUUUCAUCAUGCUUUAAUGCGAUUCCCCAAUGGGGUAGACAAGAGCCCUUAAUUUAGCCUUUCUGAAACUAAGGGUUAUGACCCCAUGUGAGGUCACCAGAAUUGAAAAUAGCGUUGUAAGAAAAACUCAGGAAAUGUGCAUUUAAAUGCUACAUCCAGGUUUCAGUGAACAUUAAUAUACUGUGCAGUCUUUCCUUCUUACAAACGUGCCCUAAAGCUUUAAACUUGCAAGAAAACUUCCAAAGGGGACCUUACCAAGCACUGAAUGAGGCUGGGAGAAAAAGAAUAUCAAAAACUUACAUUAUACCCUGAAUGUUCUUUGAUGUUCCUUAAAUGCUGUUUGCAUUUGAUGCAUUUCAAUCCAUAGGUUUUUCAGAUUACCACUAAUUGAAUAAAAUACAGAAGCGGUUUUGAUAGUCAUUGUUCCAAUUGAAAUCAUUAGUCAUUGUUAAAUUAUUUUUUUCUACAGGAUGGGUUGCAAAAAGUAGGUGACAGGUUAAGUCUGUCCUUUACCCAAGAGGAGGAAAAUGGGUGGUUGACUGAGAAGUUACUGGAAAUUAAAGUUACCGUUUACAGGCCUAUUACAUGAAAACCAAUGUUCUAAAAAGAAUAGAGGUGAUUUUGCAAAGAAUAACAAAUGAACCAGCCAUUAAAUAAAUACUUUUUGGUAUUGUU